AUGGAUUCACCUCCGGAGCCGGAACUCUGCAGAGUCGGCUUCAUCCAGCUGUGCUCGGACUUCGCUGGCGUUUGGGUUCCGCUCGUGCUGUCGCAUCUGCUUCGCCAUGCAACAGGGCAGCAGCACCGGCUCGUCGUGCCAUUUCUGGCGAGCCCGACAUCGCUGGCAGCAGCUGCCUGGCUUGCGGCCUUCGCCUGUGCCGCGCAGACCGCGCAUGUGGCGUUUGGUGUGGUGGCGGCGCAUCAGGCGACGUUGAUUGCGGGUCCUAUGAGAGCGGAGGCCAUGGUUUUGCUGUUGCGGGCUGGCCUCCAGGGAGCAGAUACAUCGGUCGACUGGCGAGCGGAAUGCAACAAGACCAAAUACAUCGCGGCCGGCGCGACAGAAAAGGUUCGCGCCUACACUCUGCCAUGGAUCUUUGCCGUCGGGGCUACACUGUUGUUGGCAGACCUGGGGUCGAGUGCUUGGAUCGGACUCUUUGUACUUCUCGCCCGUCGGCCGUUGCUGGCUGGCUUCCGCCUGCUCUUCACCGCAGAUCGGGAGCGCGUUAAAAGAGCAGAUGCCGCCCGCAACGCCCUGGUCCGCGCCGUAGGCGCAAAUGCCGGGCCCAUCCAAAGGCUCGCGUGGGAGAAGGCGCUGGCCAGGAACCUGCAGCAGUGCCGGGCCGAGCGAACGCAGCUGGUGUGGAGGAUCGCUAUCAUUGACUGCGCAGUGCAGACACUACACGCACAUUGUUAUACAGAGAUCAUCCACGCCUGCGGCAUUGCGUCAAUCCUGGACCAGCUGCCGUAUGGAGACGAGACGAUUCUGGAAGAGGACUGCGCGCUAUCCCGCGACCAUCAGAAAAGGAUCGGCCUCGCGCGGGCCUUGUACGCCGACGCCCCCGUCAUCUUACUGGAUGGUGUCCCCGCAAGCGCCGACAUCUUCGACCGGGCGGUGGUCGGGCUUGCAUCAGGUAAGUGCCGAAUUGUAGCAACACGCAUCCCAGCUGUCUUGCGGCAAUGCGGUCGCGUCGUCACGCUACGAGACGGCCGGUUCGAGGAAGAGUACAACCCCAAGCUUGACAGCCAAUCCUUGAGAGACGUCAUUCAAGGUGUUGCUGCAGAAAGCGAUGCGGAUGCAGACGAUGAGCAAUACGUAGUUCCAUCCCGCACCGGUUUUAAGCUCGAAGACAAAAAGAUGAACAAGGAGUCAGGAUGGCGAUCGUACCUCAAAGCCGCCGACAGCCGUAUGUUAAUUAUUGUGCUCGGGAUGCCGUAUUUGGGCACGGCCAUGGGUCAUUUGUGGAUUUUCUGGUCCUUCGGCGGGGCGCAAUCAUCUAAUGGGGGUUCUAUUCGGAAUGACGACCGAUGCAUUGCCAAUCAGCACAUACCUUCCUCUGGACGGCUUGUUUUCCAUGCGGCAUCGCAGUUUGCCUUCUUCGUUGGCAUGUCGGUCAUCACCGAGCGCGCUUCCCGAGGCCUGUACACCAACGCUGCCACAGCCACCAUCCUGGAAACCUCUAGGAAAGCCCUCGGCCGCCGUCGUCGCACAGAGCUUCUGGUUACCGAAGCCACUGUGCUCGACGAGCCGUUUCCGAACCAGCUGGCCCGCCUUCUUCUGAUGAUCGGCCGGCUCGCAGCCAGCUUCGCAACGAUAAUGGUCGCGGCACCGCGGGUGAUUCUGCUCUUUGCAUUCGCAGCAGCCAUAUACUACGCAAGCUCGGCGUUCAGCCAUCUGUCCCAUGCCGCCCGCCCCAGACGCGGCCCCCCUUCCGGCGCUCCCAAUCAGCCCCAUUCUGCCGGUGGUCCUCAAAGGCACUACACUGCCGCAGUCUCCUCCCUUACCUCUUCUGUCGCUGGCUCCGCAACCAUCCAUGCCCAUGGCGCUGAGUCCCUCGUCGUGGCCGAGCUGCGCGGCCGGCUAGACACUUGGGUCGAUGCGCGGGCAGCGUGGGUGCGGAACGACACGGUUGCUACGCUCAAGGCCGGGGCAGUCGGCGUGGCGGCGCUAGUGGCGAGCGUGGCUAUUGCUCUUGUCGCUGCUGCGUCCGGUGGCGGUGGCGGUGAUAAGAGUGCGAGAGAGCUGGGGGUGGUGCUGGUGCAAGGAUGGGCGGCGAGCCAGACGGCGGCGGAGGUGCCGCGGCUAUGGAGGGCGGUAUUUGGCCGGGGAUUCGGUGUGGCAGCAAGGCUGGGACAAGUUGGCCGCGAGAUUCAUCGAGACCUGGCGGAUCGGCCGCAGCCCGGUCGCGGCGUAGUUGCUUUCGAAGAAGUAUCCCUCGGCGAACCCCCGAUCAUGCGUGGCUUUAGUUGUAGAAUCGACCAAGGCGAGGCCCUCGCCAUCUUCGGUGCUGCUGGCCGCAUUUCCAUCGGUGGCAUCUCGGUUUCCCAGAUGGGUCAACACCAGCUUCGAGACAGCAUCGCCGUGGUACCACGAAAGACCGUCAUAUUCCCUGGAACCCUGAAGUUCAACUUGGAUCCAGCGGGGGUGUGCCCUGACGGUCGGAUCCGACAUGCCCUGCAGCUUGUCGGUCUACAGUUAGGCUCAAAUCUGGAAGACGAGCUAGCGGGAGCUAGCCAACCGCAGCUCAGCCCUGUUGAAAAGCAGAGGCUUGGACUGGCGCGGGCGAUACUGAGCGGUGCGGACAUGGUCUUACUCGACAACGCUGUCUCACUCCUAGACCCUGCUGAGGUGGGCUGGUUAAUGAGCCGUGCUUUUGCCAACAAGCAAGUCAUCCUACUGACCAAUACAUUGUUCACUCCGGUGGGCUAUAGAGUAGCUUGGGCGGAAACCCGGGCGAGGCCAGGAGCUUCAAAGCUGACAAUUUGCCUAAUUCAAUCACUUGACAGGAGACAAGGACAGGAGAUUUCAGCCAUGGCCACCAGCGUCGCAACCCCUCAAACUCCUCUCCUGGAAUCUACACCAACGGACAAGUCUCCCGAAAACCACACCCCAAACGGCCAGAGCAAUGACAGCCUCAAGCCAACUCCCAGAAAGGAAAGCAACGACGCAAUGCAGGUCAUCGGCGCCGGACUCCCGCGUACUGGGACAACAACUAUGGGUGUUGCUCUCUCAAUCCUUCUGAAUGGCUCCGUGUACGACGGCGGAACAGUCGCAGCUACGGGGUCGAGGGAGCAGCAAGAGUGGUCCCGCGACGUUGUCGCCCUCUGCCCGGCCCGUAGUGUAGUCGACCGCACGCUCAUACAGCAUCGGCUGGCGCAACUGACGGCGGGCCAUGUCGCGACAACGGACGCGCCGGGCUGUUACUUUGUCGAGGAGCUGCUAGCGCUGUACCCGCGCGCCGUCGUCAUCUGCACGGUGCGCGACCACGCCGCGUGGUGGGCCAGCUACCGCACAUUGUGCACGGGCUUCAACCAGCUGAGCACUAAAGGCGGCUGGCUGUGGGAGUCGCGCCGCCAGGUGCGCUUCAUGGACUACAUUCAUGCCGUGUGGAACCGUGUGCCCGAGGUUUGCGACAUCGAUGCCGUCAUGUGGCCGCUGGACAACCACGAGCUUUUGUACGAUGCCCACCAGGACUAUCUUCGCCGAGUCGUCCCGAAGGAGAAGCUGUUCUUCUUCGAUGUGAAGCAAGGAUGGGGCCCCCUGUGUGAGAUCCUAGGUCUUCCGAUUCCCAAAGUCCCGUUCCCACAUCACAAUCGCACACUCGCCCCUUCCAAGUUCGAGACUCUUCCUCUCGGAUCAGUGCGAGCUCAGGGCUGGCUAGAGGACCAGCUUUCACUCUCCGCGGAUGGACUCGCGGGAAACCUGUUUGAUUUUUACAGAUUCGUUGCCCGUUCGACAUGGCUUGGAGGGGAUCACGAAUAUUCCGAGCUUCAUGAAUCAGCGCCGUACUGGUUCAACUACAUUGUGCCAUUGGCAUGGAUCACAGGCAACUCCAGGCUGAAGGAUCAAGCAAGAAUCUUCCUUGACUACACACUGAGUCACCAGGCCGACGAUGGAUGGCUCGGCCCAGAGACAGAAAAGUCAGCCCGAGGCAUUUGGGCGAGGAGUUUAUUGUUCUUUGGUCUCGUGCAAUACGCGGAAGCCGAUCCUACCGAGACAGAGCGCAUCGUUGACGCCAUGCAUAGGUUCGUCACUCUUGCGAACCAAAUGCUGAAAUCGAAUUUUACUGGCCUCAUCCAGCAAGAAGGCGACAACUUCGAUCCCUUCAAAUUUGGUCUUUCGCGCACGCACGAGCUUCCCAUGUCUCUCAUGUGGCUCUAUGAAAACCACCCUCAAAACAACUCUGCCACCAUCUGGGAAACCAUGCAGCUGAUGUUCGAAGGGGGGAGGAAGGGCGGAAGGGACUGGACGACGUUCUUCACCAACGAAACCUUCCCAAAAGUUGGCACCCCGAACAUCAAAACAAGCAGCUUCACACACGGUGUAAACCUCGCGCAAGGAAGCCUCGUCCAGCAAACACAUGACGCCGUUCAAAUGACCACAGAGUACCAUGGAUCCCGGUCAGGAGUUAUAAUUGCCGACGAGCAUCUUGGUGGUCACAAUUCCCAGCGAGGAUCAGAGCUCUGCACGGUAGUUGAGUCCAUGUUUUCAUUCGCUUACCUGUACCGCUUCCACGGUACAAAUGACUUCGCGGACCGAGCCGAGCUGGCAGCUUUCAACGCCCUCCCAGCAGCUGUCAGCCAUGACUGGUGGUCGCACCAAUACGUGACGCAAACGAAUCAACCUUGGGCAAGAAACCUUACAGACAAUCCUUUCUUCAACGUUGUUUCGUACAGCAAUUCUUUCGGCUUAGAGCCCAAUUUCCAGGCACCUCUAACAUGCAACACCGAGUACCCCUUUGCUGGUCUCUUGCGUUAUGAGAUCGAAGCCGAGACCGCUUUCAACUUCGCGGUUCGAAUUCCGGGAUGGGCGCAGCAGCUCAACUCCACUUACAGCCAGCCCAAUAGCAGCGGCCUGCUCAACGCCACACCGGGCGAGUCCGGGCUCCAAGAAAUUGCUGUACCCAAAGGCGUCACGUCCUUCAAUCUCAACCUUCCGCUUGAGCCCCGUGUGUCAAAGCGCGACGGGACGAUUUCAAUCUACUUCGGCCCACUACUCUACGCUUUGUCCAUCCCAUUCAACUCUUCAUCUCACCAGCCAUUGAACUUCACAGACCGCAUGCCGCUGCCUGCAUCUGAAACCGACCCACGUGCCUCUGACUACGUCCUCGACCCCAUUUCCUCGUGGAAUUUCGCCAUCGACCCGGAGACAAUAGAAGUGGAAACGCUGCAGUCCGGGGAGGUCGAUUCACGAAAACCAGCGUUUUUUACGGACUCUCAGCCCACAGUUAUCUGGGUUGAUGGAUACGAGAUCGACUGGCCGGUUGAGCAGGGGACAGCGGCAGAGACUCCAACAGAUGUAUUUGUGGAUCGGGAUAAGAAGGUAAGGUUGGAGUUGGUGCCAUAUGGAUCGGCGAAGUUGCAUAUAGCAGAGUUCCCAAUUGCGAUGUUCGCUUGA